AGCAAUCCAACUCGGCGAAGGAGGGAGGGGAGAGGAGGAGAGGCUACGGAGGAGAGUAAGGGGGGCUGGGCCUUGUGGCGGAGGAGUCGGCUUUCAGUUGGUGAGGUGCACGGUGCCCCGAAGCGUCUGUCUCGGCACACGCACACCGCGUACGAGUGGCUGGAUGCUGAGAGCGCAACGAGAGGAGAGAGACAUUUAAGAUAAUCUGGGGACCGCGCAGAGCACCAGCACCACCACCACCACCACCACCGGCGGCUCUUUUCUGCUGCAGACAGCGAAGAAAGCCGUAGGACUCGGCUCCUCAGCUGAUCCAAGCGCGCUCACCUGACAGGGCGACGGAGAGGCAGAAAGACCCUUCACCGGUGGAGUAACAAAACCUGCCGGUCAGUCUGAUCAGACAAAAAAUCUGUGGAAUUGGCUCAGCUGUCAUUUUGUGGAUAUUAUGUAAAAGAAAAAAAGAAAGAAAGAAAGGAAGGAGAAAAAGCACAGUCCAUCUGACCAGCACGGCUCCAUUCAAGAUUUUGUCCCGGCGGAUUGUCUGUCUUUUUGGGGGGUGGAUUGGAAACCAGUUUGCAUACUAAUCAGGUUUUGGAGGGGAUAUCCAGAGCGCACAUCCAGAGAAACGGAGUGGACCCAAUGAACGCGUAGCAGAGCCCAGCCAUGCCGAUAACAAGUAAAGGGUCAAGACGGAGGGCUUGGGUCAGCCGACCCUGUGUGCAUUCAAGUCUGUGGCAACAGAAACCGCUCUUUUAUUUUUGCUUCAUCUUCACUCUGGUUCAGUCACAAUCUGUUCUCGGAGCCCUGGAACUCCAGCUGGAUGAAGAGCAGCCGGCAGGUACCAUUGUCGGAGACAUCAGCGCCGGGUUGCCGCCUGGUGAAACUGCCAGUCUUUACUUCAUCUCAGACCAUGAGGGCACAGGUGUUGGCAACGACCUCAACAUUGACGAGAACACGGGCAUCAUUACCACCGCGCGUCGCCUGGACCGUGAGCAGAGGGACCACUAUAGCUUUAUCGCCGUGACGAUGACGGGUAUCACAAUUGAGGUGUCAAUCACUGUCAACGACAUCAAUGACCACGCACCCGUGUUCCCCAAAAAGAAAGCCGCUCUCAAAAUCCCUGAGCACACAGUGGUGGGGACAAGAUUUUCCUUGGAGCCUGCGACGGAUGCAGACAAGGACCAGCUGACCACCCAAGGCUAUGUUAUUCGAGAGGGAAAUGUAGGUCAGACGUUCCAACUUGAGACGAAGAGAGCUGCUAAUAAGGUGUUGUAUCUAGACCUGGUGGUCAGCGGGCGGCUGGACAGGGAGAAACGCUCAUCGUACACCCUUGUCCUGGAGGCGUAUGAUGGGGGUUCACCGAGAAGAAUGGGAUCCAUGACCCUGGAAGUGACAGUGACUGACAUCAAUGAUCAUGUGCCGGUUUUCAAUCAGAGCCGGUACCAUGCUAUUAUCUCCGAAAGUCUCCCACAAGGAAGUAGCAUCCUGCAGGUGUUUGCAACAGAUGAGGACGAAGGCGACAACGGUCUGGUGCUGUAUGAAAUCAACCGGCGUCAGAGUGACCCUGAGCGCUACUUUGUCAUUGAUAUAAAGUCAGGGGUCAUCACUUUGAAUAGACCCUUGGACUACGAGUUGAAGAGGGUCCAUGAACUGGUGGUGCAGGCCAGGGACAAUGCCAGCCACCCUGAGGUGACCAAUGCCUUUGUGACCAUCCACGUCCGUGACUACAAUGACAACCAGCCUACCAUGACCAUCAUCUUCCUCAGCGAGGACGGCUCUCCGAGAAUCUCAGAGGGAGCCCAACCAGGCCAGUACGUAGCUCGGAUAUCGGUCACUGACCCAGACUAUGGAGAGUAUGCCAACGUUAACGUGUCCCUCGAAGGGGGAGAUGGGAAGUUCGCUCUAACAACCAAGGACAGCAUUAUUUACCUGAUAUAUGUCGACCAGGUUUUGGACAGAGAGGAGCGAGAUUCGUACCACCUCAGGGUGAUGGCGACAGACUCUGGCACACCUCCCCUCAGGGCAGAGUCCUCUUUUACCAUCCAGGUGACCGACGUCAAUGACAACCCGCCUCUGUUUGACCAGCAGGCCUACCGACAAACUAUUCCUGAGGUUGUGUAUCCUGGAUCCUUCGUUCUUCAAGUUACUGCCAGGGACAAGGACCAGGGCCCCAAUGGGGACAUCCGUUACAGCCUGCUGAAGGGCAAAAACUCUCACUCUGAUUGGUUUUCGAUCGACCCAGUUACGGGAAUCAUUACCACUGCAACCGCUCUGGACUUUGAAUCCGAACCAGCUCCCAGUGUGACUGUUGUUGCGACAGAUGGCGGCCGGCCACCGAUGUCAUCCACAGCGAAAGUGGACAUUGUCCUGCAGGAUGUCAACGAUAACACACCUGUGUUUUCCAGCAGCUUCUACAAUGCCUCCAUCAAGGAGAACACCCCAGCAGGGACCUGCUUCUUAGAGGUGUCAGCCACAGACGAAGACCGCGGUUCCUUCGGCACGAUAGUUUACACCCUGGGUUCCGGCUCUGGGAGUACCGCAGCACCAGCCCACUUCACCAUAAACAAGGAGACUGGCCAGCUGUGCACCAGCACAACUCUGGACCGGGAUGAGGGACAGGACAAGUUUGACCUGACUGUAACUGCAACUGACGGAGGGGGCCUGAGCUCGGUCGCCCGCGUGAGGGUCUCGGUGGUGGACAUCAACGACAACCGUCCCACCUUCUACCCUGUCCUGUACACAGUCAGUCUCAGCACCCACAGCGCCCCGGGAACCUCUGUCGUCAAGGUGACGGCCAACGAUCCGGAUUUUGGAGAAAAUGGCAGGGUGACCUACCGCACGGUGCCUGGAGGAGGCUCCAACUUCUUCACCCUCAACAAGGACACAGGUGUGAUUUCUCUCUCCCGCUCGCUCCACGGCAAAGCCAACACGGUGAUCUCCAUGGUGAUAUCGGCCGAGGACGGCGGCGGCCUGACGGCGCCGGUCAACGCCCGGGUGAACGUCAGCGUGGUGGCGGGCUCGGUGGCGUCUCCCGUGUUCGAGCAGGCGCAGUAUUUCUUCACCGUGCCCGAGGACGUGCUCAGGGGGACGGCGGUGGGAGUGGUGCGCGCCGCCACCAAAACAGGUGUCUCCAAGGGUAUCUUCUACUCCAUCUCUUCUGGAGACCCCGACGGUUACUUCACAGUGGACAGCGCCUCUGGAACCAUUCGCACUGCCCUCCCUCUGGACCAUGAGACGUGCUCCAGUCUCGACCUGGAGAUCCAGGCGCGCUUCGGCUCUCCUCCGGCGUACGGGACCAGCCGAGUGCGCAUUACCAUUUCAGACGUCAACGACAACGCCCCCACCUUCCUCCCUUCCUCGUCAGAGUCCCUGCUUUUGCCCGAGAUCACCAAAAUGGGGACCGUCAUCUACCGUAUUCAGGCCUCCGACAAAGACUCCGGUCAUAAUGGCCAGCUCAGCUUUGACCUGGUCUCCGCGGGGGCCGCGGGCAGCGGUGGCCAGAGGACGUUCGGUGUUGACCGGGGCAGUGGGGAGGUGCGUCUGAUCGGGAGUCUGUCAUACGAAAGUGUCCCACGCUACGACCUCCAGGUGGUCGCCAAGGAUGGCGGAGCCCCUCAGCUCAGCUCCACAUUCACCCUCGUCGUCCACAUCCAGGCACAGGACGCGCAAGGCCCCAACUUUGACACCCUGACGUAUCGCGUGGAGCUUCGAGAAAAUACCCCCCUCAACACGCGAUUCCUUCAAGUUCGAGCGCUUAACAGAGAGUCUUCUGGGAAUGGUGGAAGCUCCUCCUCCUCAUCAUCGUCCUCCUCCUCCAUUUCCUACCGCCUCCGGCCUGAUGGAGACGCCGCCGGCUUUGGCAUCAUGCCAGAUAGCGGGUGGCUUUUUGUCCGCAGCUCUCUGGACCGAGAGGUCAAAGACAUGUACCUCUUGACCGUCCUGGCCACGUCGGGCCCCGGAGGGACGGGGAGAACUGGCAGCGCUGCUGUCCGUGUGACAGUCACAGAUGAGAACGAUAAUUCCCCACGACUGAGCCAGGAGAGGGUGUUCCUGGCUGUCAGAGAGAAUCUCCUGGCAGGAACAGGCUUUGGCCGGGUGUCUGCGACGGACAGAGACGCUGGACUAAACGCUCGCCUCACCUACAGGCUUCUUCACACUGACAGGCACUUCCAGAUUAACUCUCAAACAGGUGAAAUCAGUACCCGCCUUGCCCUGGACAGAGAGCAACAGUCCAGCUAUCAGCUGGUGGUUGUCGUACAGGACGGAGGGACGCCUCCCCGCAGCGCCACUGGCACCGCUCAUAUCACUGUGCUGGAUGAGAAUGACCAUGCACCUAGUUUCACUCAUACCAGGCCAGACAGGGAGCUGCUUCUUCAGGUGAUGGAAGGUCUUCCAUCUGGGACAGUCCUUGGGACAGUGAUGGCUAAAGACCCAGACGAGGGAGAGAAUGGGACCGUAUACUACUCUCUGUCCGGCCCCAGAGCAGAACGUUUCUCCCUCCACCCAAACAGCGGCGAGCUCAGAACCGCUUCCCCUCUGAGGUGGGCAGAGCGAGCGGAGUACGCCUUCACUGUGAUCGCCGCUGACCACGGCACGCCGGGCCUCAGCUCCACCUGCCAGCUACGGAUACAGGUUCUCAGCAGCUCCAAGUCUGCCCCAAAGCCCAAUGUUCUCUCUAUGACCCUGAACACCGUUGAAGGAGUGGCCCCGGGCUCCGUCAUCGGUUCAGUCCGCCCUGACCAGCAGGGACCUGCUGUAUUGGAAGGCCAGGUUACCUACCUGGUAGUGGGAGGGACAGACCGGGAUGGGACUUUCAUGGUGGACCGCUUAAAGGGUGACGUGUACCUCGUACGGGAGCUGGACUACGAGAAAGGGUCGAGGUACACACUGCACAUAGAGGUGUCUGACUUCUCACAGGCGUUUCCCAGCAGCCACAUGGUGAAACUGGACAUCAAUGUGCAGGACAGCAAUGACCAUGCCCCCCAGUUCACAGAAGACCCUGUUACUAUUGUGAUCCCAGAGAGCGUAGAGUCAGGGGCUUCCAUAUAUACGUUCCAGGCUGUGGAUCAGGAUGGCAGUGGACCCAACAGUGAGCUCCAUUACUCCAUCGAGCACUGCUGGCCCGACUCCCCCGACCUCCUGAACCUCGACCCCUCCACCGGAGUCCUGACCCUGGGGCAGAAGUUAGACCGUGAGGCCACUCCCUCCCUCUACCUUGUGGUGCGAGCCACAGACCAGGCAGUGGAUCCUUCUCAGAGGCGCUGGGGUUCGGUCACCGCUCGGGUGUAUGUGACGGAUGAAAACGACAACGCUCCGGCGUUCACCUCUCCGUCCGCGGUCAGCGUCAUGGAGGAUCAACCUGUAGGGUUUGUGAUUUUGUACGUGAUGGCUCGAGAUGACGAUGAAGGAGAAAAUGGCAGGGUCUCAUACAGAAUCCAGGCGGGCAACAGUGCCGGUCGUUUUAACCUGAAUCCCAACACUGGCUCUCUAUCCAUCCUUAAAGCCCUGGACCGUGAAGAGCAGGAUGUCUUCAAUCUGACAAUUGUGGCGGAGGAUCAAGGGAUACCUCAGCUUUCCACCUCUCAGGUGUUGUGCGUGCAGGUGAUUGAUGUGAACGAUGAAGCUCCCGUGUUCCAGCGAGCGGAGUUCGAGGCCCAGGUGAUGGAAAACCGAGGACCGGGAACCACAGUGUUGACAGUAGCAGCCACAGACAGGGACCAAGGUUCUAAUGGCCUAAUAACAUAUGGAGGCGUGACAGAGGAAGGCUUCGUCAUCAACCCUGUGACGGGAGCCAUCACCACCACAAGGGAACUGGACGCAGAGCUACAGAAUCAGUACACACUCACAGUAUAUGCGCGCGACGGAGGGCUGCCUCCUAACUUUGCCAAGGCUGUUGUCCGUGUGGAGGUGCAGGAUGUGAAUGACAACGCUCCGGACUUUGCAAAGUCGUGGUAUGGACUCGAAGUCCCGGAAAACCAGGCGCCUGUGGAGCUCUGCUUCCUCAAGGCCACAGACCCGGACUCUGGUCCUGGUGGAGAGCUGGAGUACAGAAUCACUGCCGGAGACCCUGAUGGAGAUUUCCAACUGCACCUCAGCACAGGAGCCCUGUCUACAUCUCGCGGGCUUGACAGGGAGACAAGGGCACAAUAUACCCUGCAGGUGGUGGCCUCGGACCGAGGCAGCCCUGCUCUCAGCGCGACCGUGACAGUGGAAGUCAGAGUGAUGGACGUCAAUGACAACAGCCCAGUCUUCAGGAAAAGCAGCUACAUGGUGGAGGUGUCAGAGGACGCAGAACAGGGAUCCCAAGUUCUGGAGGUGUCAGCCACAGACGCUGAUGACGAACUGAAUGGGAAGGUCCUGUAUUUUCUCAGCCGGGAGGCACAUGGUGCAUUCACGGUGGAUGACAAAACUGGCCGCAUCACCACGACGGCCCCUCUGGACCGGGAGAAAAGGGCGUCAUACAGCUUCCAGGUGUUUGCUGUUGACCUUUCACCGGCUACACCCAGGAACACUUCUGCUCAAGUCACGGUCACCGUCCUAGACGUCAACGACAACACUCCCUUCUUCAUCCAAGAUCCGUUGAUCAUCGAGGUGUCCAGCAGGCGUUCCCAUCGGGUUUUAGCCACCAUGAAGGCUGAGGACAAAGACUUUGGAGCCAACGGUUCUGUGUUUUAUCGAUUUGCCGCCCCCGUGAAGGGCUUCAGUAUCAACUCCCUGACUGGGGAGAUCCAGGCCACCGUGCCGCUGGGAGAGCUGACCCAGGCUCAGAGGACCCUGAUAGUGGAGGCCAUGGACCAGGGCAGCCCAGCGCAGUCUGCUCAGGGGGUGGUGGUGAUUUACGUGAAGGAGGUGGAGUACAGUGGAAUUCGCUUCUCAAGGACUGCUAGGGACGUCAGCAUACAGGAGAACGCAGCAAAAGGCACAGCUGUGGCUCAGGCUCAGGCUCAACAUCCAGAUGGCACACGUAACGAUAUCAGCUAUAGCCUCUUCAGCGGGAACAGAAAGAAGGCCUUCAGCAUCAGCUCUUCAACAGGUGAAAUCUGGGUUCAGAGCUCCAAUGGCUUAGACUUUGAAGACACUCCCAGACUCCGUCUAGUCGUGAAGGCUGAUACCGUGUCCUCCACAUCUUACAUGGCUAUUAACUUGAUCCUGCAGGAUGUCAAUGACAACCUUCCUCGCUUCCAGCUGCAGAAUUAUGUGGCCUACAUGAAAGAAGCACAGGGAUAUGAAAUGCCAAUCAUACAGGUGGUCGCUGAGGAUGUGGACCAGGGCCAAAAUGGUCAGGUGACCUAUUCCAUCCAAUCAUCAAGCAUGAGCGGCCUGUUUAAGAUCGACCCUGUGACAGGGAGCAUCACCACAGCGGCCAUCAUGGACCGUGAGAUCUUCACACAGACCAAGCUUGUAGUUACAGCAACUGAUAGAGGAAGUCCGCGAUUGGCUGGCUCCGCCACGCUGACUGUGAUCAUUGUUGACCAGAAUGACAACAGUCCCACAAUUCCUUUGCCCCAAGAAAUCCGCAUCCCAGAGAAUACCUUGAUUGGCACAGAGAUCACUCUGGUGACAGGAAACGAUGUCGACUCCAGUCCUGCCCUGUCCUACUCAUUGCAGCUGGACCCAACAGCCUUAGGCAAGUUUGGGAUUCACCGCUACAGUGGGGGCGUGUCACUCACCGCUCCUCUGGACUUUGAGGAGAAGACGUGGUACACCGUGACCGUGAGAGCCACGGACAGCCAACACCAAACUGAGGCCAACAUCACGAUAGUGGUGGAGGAUAUUAAUGACAAUGCACCUGCAUUCACGCAGGAUCUCUAUCAGAUUACUCUGCCUGAGCACACAGCACCAGGAAGUGCGGUUAUCACAGUAACAGCAACCGACAGGGACUCCGGAGAGAAUGGAAGGAUCACCUACAGGGUGAUUUCGUCAACCCAGGAGGGCUUCUACAUUGACCCCACCAAUGGAACACUGUUCAUCAAUCACAGAGCUGAGUUUGACCCUGAACGUCCGUCUGUCAGCAUUGUCAUUGAAGCGCGUGAUGGAGGCUCGCCUCCGCUUUCCUCUCUUACUACAGUGCAAGUACAAAUUUCUGACGUCAAUGACAAUGCUCCCGUGUUUCACCAGUCGGAUUACAGGGCUACAAUUCCUGAGGACACCAUCCCAGGGUCAACAGUUUUGACUUUUGAGGCAUUUGACAGCGACCUCUCUCGAGAAAACUGCGGCUUUGACUUUGCUAUCGCCAACGGGAAUGAAGGAAACGCUUUCCAGAUUGAAAGCAGUGUGAGGUUCCUGGAGGGACGGGGCUUCCAGACCGUUGGGACUCUACUGUUGGCCGAGGGGCUUGACUUUGAAACCAAGCCACUGUACAACCUUACCGUGGUGGUGUCGGACCGCGGUGUGCCCCAGAGAAGCUCUAGUGUUGCUGCAGUAAUAAGCAUAGCAGAUGUGAACGAUAACCCUCCAGUGUUUAGCCGAGCAGAAUAUACCGUGUCACUAAGUGAGGGAGCUGCCGCUGGUACUGAGAUCAUUAGGCUGACUGCUACAGACUCUGACUCAACUCCCAAUGCUGAAGUCCAGUAUACUAUCAGCUCUGGUAAUGAGGUGAACCUCUUUAUCAUGGACCAGUGGACUGGAGCCUUGCGACUCCAGCGUGUACUUGAUCGGGAGCACCAGUCUGCCCACAUCAUCAUUAUUCAAGCCACAGAUGGACAGGGCCACUUUGCGCUGGCUCCUGUCAUGGUCGAGGUCAAAGAUGUAAAUGAUAAUCAUCCGUUCUUUCCUGUUGAAGUCUUGACUGCCAGCAUCAGAGAAAACCAACCAGCAAACUCAGCUGUGACUGUUCUACAUGCCAUAGACCACGACACAGGAGUUUUUGGCCAGCUGAAGUAUUUCAUGGUGGAGCGGUCUGGGGCAGGAAAAGACAGCUUUGCCGUGGACCACAAUUCAGGAGAAAUCAGAAGCAAAAUCCCAUUUGACUUUGAAAAGGUCAACUCCUUCAAUUUUAUAGCCAUGGCAGUAGAUUCAGGCAACCAUUCGGCCACUGUGACUGUACAGGUGUUUGUCACGGGUGAGGAUGAAUAUGACCCACUCUUCACAUCCUCUGAUUUUUCCUUUGAAGUCCCCGAGGGAGCCAAGAAAGGCCAGAGCAUCGGCCAGGUCCAAGCAAACGAUGAGGAUGGAGGGGUCGAUGGUAUCAUUCUCUAUUCUCUUACCUCCAUCUCUCCUUAUUUUGAUGUGAACAAAACCACUGGGGUGAUUUUCCUCAAGUUGGACAGUUCAGGUAGCAGCAGUAGUAGUAGUAGUAGCAGCGGUUCAGGACGGAAUAAACGAGAAACCAGGUUGAUGACCAUGGAUGUGAAAGCUCACAGUCCUCUAGAUACGUCCCGUACUGCUACAGCCCAAGUCUCUAUUGAUGUCUCAAACACCAACUUUGGCCUGGCUGCCGAUGUCAAUGUCUUGCUAAUUAGCAUAAUUGCAGCGUCUCUAGGUUUUAUCAUAUUGCUUGUGGUAAUGGCCGUUGUGGUGUUCCUGGUCAAGUCACGCAGACGGAAGAAAGCCCAGGAUACAGGAAAUAGAACUGCGACCUCAGGAACUGCCUUGCAGAAACUGGACGAUUGCAACUCAGGACCAGGAGGAGACAGGAUCUACCACCAGGCCCUACCAGGCUAUGCCAGCGAUCAGGGUGGGGCCGGUGGUGGUCCCUACACCAGAGGAGGCUCAUUGGAUCCUUCUCACUCCAGUGGAAGGGGAUCGGCAGAGGCAGCAGAGGAUGAUGAGAUCAGGAUGAUAAACGAGUACCCCCGCGUCGCCUCCAUCACCUCCUCCAUGCAGGAGCACAUCUCAGCCAGAGGACCAGACUCUGGAAUCCAACAGGAUGCUGACCAGCUCUCAGAUAUUUCCUGUGAGCCUGCUGCUUUGGAGGGCAGCACCUGGUUCAAAGGGAAGAAACUGGGUGGCAGUCUCAGUGGGACCUUGCUCUCUGGCCAACUCCCGGUCUAUAGGGACGAGGGAGGUGGUUACCUGGGAGUGGGCCGUGGUCUCAACAUAUCCCUCCCCAAGGAUUAUGCAUUCCCUGAGGAUGGUAAACCUUCUGUGGAUGGUUCCCUCACAGCUAUUGUUGCCAGCGAUGAGGAGCUUCGCGGCAGCUAUAACUGGGAUUACCUUCUCAACUGGUGCCCUCAGUUCCAACCUCUCGCGAAUGUCUUCACAGAGAUUGCCAGGCUGAAAGACGAAACUGCCCAGCAGAGCCAGAACCCUCGCCAGCCCUUCCACCCAAAGCCCAAAAUUGAUCCCAAGCCUAGAAUUGACCCUCCACCACUCAUCACAUCAGUGGCCCAUCCAGGGGCCAUGUCAGUUCCCCCAAAAGUCCCAGUGAUUGGGCGGACAUUCCCUCACUUGGCUUCGCUCCGCAGGUCCCCUAUCAGUCAUGAGGGGUCCAUUUCAUCAGCAGCAAUGUCCCCAAGCUUCUCCCCUUCUCUGUCCCCUUUGGCAGCUCGGUCUCCAGCUGUGUCUCCGUUUGGAGUCAAUCAAGGACCCUCAGCGUCCAUGAUCAGCACCAGGGAGCCCUCAUUGGACCAGAGUCCGGAUCAUGAGAUGAGAAUAUGAUUGAAAAAUGACUUUAACUUUAAGACUGACAUCUCAAACAUCUCAAAAAGCAUGACAGACCAUCCUUUUUGACGUUCUUUGGCAUGGAACAAAAGAAAGCAAAUGGGUGUCAGUUGUACUGUCACUCUCAGAAAUCAUGGUCUUCAUCAUCAUUACAAACGCCCGCACAGAGGCGCUUGUUUCAAGAGUCUGACCAUGCAAAUUCUGAGCAAUAAACACUCACAAAUACCUACUAAAUGUACUCUGGGUAGAAUAUUUGCAUUCUUCCACUGGUCGGCAGCGAUGUAAGGAAACAAAGGAGCGUGUGUGUACCUGAUUUAACAGGAGCUGCCCACCCUUCCAUUUUCACAGUGACGCAGGUCUUCAUGAACUGAUCGGGGGUAAGAGGUGACCUGACCUCUUCAUGGGAAUGUGCACUUACCAUGCCCUUCAGUCAGAGAUCCCUUAGUGUGUAGAUAGAUUAAUGUGUAGUUUUCGUGUUACCUCGCUGGCUGGCCAGAGAGCAAAGGACCUCGUCCCUCUCUUUGUGUCUGUGGACAUUUUUACACUUCAGUAUUAAACUCAACUAGUGGCUGAUUUUGAAACGGCCUAUGGACACGUCGUGAAUCACAUGGACAGACAGACAGUGUGUGUUCACGAAGACAGGUUCAUUGAAUUGCCAAUGCAUCACAAAGUGGAAGAGCAAUGGGAUUUAAUGUUUUUCUCACAAUUCAGAUGACGCUUCCUUUGAUUUUACUUUUAUUUUUAUAUUUUUAUAUAAAUUUAUGAUUUCAGAUCCAUUAUUCCACAUUGAGAGGUUUUUGGGUUUUUUUGUGUGUAUUGCGUAUAUGUAUAUUUGUAUGUAUGCAGGUUAUGCUACGUAUACUGUGUGUCUCUCCUAGGCUUUAGAGACUCUUGUGACAGUUCGGAUGUGAGUGAGAGGGCGUUUGUGUUUUUACUAUUAUUUAUAUGAAAAGAGGACUUUCUGCCACAGUUUAACAGUAGGAAACCAAACGCAGCUCACCCUGUGCUGUGUUGCUAAAUUAAGAGUUUUUCUUUUUUUUUUUUUUUUUUGUCAAAUUGUUGAUCAAUCCAAAUCCAAAACAGGCAACUUGAUAAAAAUCUUCAAUCUAAAAGCCCGCUUCUCCAACAGUUCAGCACUCUGUUGUGGUACACCUAUGCACAACAGCACAUUCCCUUUGUUAUUCAGGGACAACUCAAUUUGCUGGUCACCUUUGUGUCUUUGAAAAAAAAAAAAAAAAAGUGCUUCCUUAAGUCACUUACAUCAGUCAUUCACUUGCAUUUUUACUGUGAAGUUGUUCCUCUCAGCACAAUGGAAAUAAGAUGCAGGGUCCAGGCUGAGAUUCGCAUAGGAAAGCUGCUUAACUUUGACAAUUGUAGCAUAUGAGCCAGACAAGCGGGAAGCAAAAGCCUAUAUGCAUGAAUGAUGAAUGUACAAGGAUUUAGCAACCAGUGCAGUAUUUAUAUGUGCUGUUGGAUUUUUAUGAUUCAUGCAUCAAUAUUUCCAGCGACAUGAUGAGGUGUUUUCAGGUUGCAUAUGUCUAACUCAUCUGCACCUUCUUGAUUUUCUCUCACCGUCUAGAAUCACUUCUACCAACACGUUACUGCAGCGAGGGGCCAACGGCUUUACGAGCAUCUUUCUUGUUCUUUCGUGUAUUUAUCAUUCGGGCCUGUUUUUAAUCCUCUAAAAUGCAGUGAUUGGAUGUCCUCUUGUUUUCAAGAAAUGGCUGCUACCUCUGUUCUUAGUUCAACAUUACCGUGCAAAUUGCCUCAUGCGAGGCUGGCACUGGUUCAGCUAAAAGCUACUCAUGCCAUGAGCCAAACUCCAGCACAACAUGCUGUCUCAGAAACAUUUCUGUGUUGGAGGACCUUGACUUGUCUGCCAUUGACUGAUCAGAGGAGCAAUGGCAGGACAAAAAAGGAGCUGUACAUGUAUUUAAAGCAAAUAAUAAAUUCCUACUGAUCUCUUUUGACAAACUGGA